UUUGUAUAACUUUUAACAAUUAAUUUAGUAAUAAUUGUUGGCAAUAUGGAGAAAAAUAAACGAAUCAAAUUAUUUUGGUUCGUAGUGAUGUUUUUUAAUUUUAUUUUCGGAGUAACCGGUGUAAUAAUAUGUAGUUUCAAAAUUAAACACUCUGAUGACGAAGAAGUUCAAAUCGGAUUCUUCAAACUAUCAAUGCUAUUUGCAGCAUGCAAUCUAAUACUUAGUGUUUUACUUUUAAUUGCAGUUCUAAAGAAGGACCAAAAAUAUGCAUUCCUCUAUGCUUUAUUGAUAUUCAUAAGUCUUUUUGCGGCUACAAUGCAUAUAGAAAGUCACACAAGCCAUAAUUACACAUAUUUGAUUAUAUUUGUCGUUUUUGCAUUCAUAUGUUUCAUAUGGUUUACAACUUACGCUGCAUAUCAAUUUUGGUUAAAAGAAACCGUUAUUGAAAGUAGUUCCCAAUGUUCCACUCCAAUUGAUGAAGUUUAAAGAAAUAUCACUGUACAGGAGAUUCCUGAUUACGUUAUUUUUUAGUUCAUUUGUAACGGCAAAUAAAACACUAAACUUUCUUCUUAUUCACCUUUACUACAU